CAACUUUGACACACGAUAGAACACGUGUGAAUGAACUUAUAAUUGCUGAAUAACUUUACUGUUCCCUCCUGUCAUGCUUAACUACCGGCAGCCGGGUUUCUAAGUAUCCCAACAGGCAACCUGAGUUAUGGCACAUACACAGACAAGCUCAUUAGUAUUAGGUGUUGCGGGUGAUUUGUUAGUUGCCGAGGAGCCGCGGAGUCAUUAUCUCACAAAGGUCGGCGGCGCUCCAUGGAUACCGCCGGCCGCUGGCAGCUCCAGCACGGCUCCCUGCGACUGGGAGGCCUCAUCGAAGUGCGGGGUCUGCGGAAAACCCCUAUCGCUCGUCUUACAGGCAUACGCGCCCCUGACAGCCAGUGAGGCGCGGCGUGCCGGCUGCCCUCCCUGCGAGGAGCGUGUGCUGCUGGUGCUGGCCUGCGCCCACCCUGGCUGCGGCACCGCGGCAGGCAGCUGGCGGGCCUUCAGAUGCCAGCGCCCCAGUCCUCCCAGCCCCUCAGAUCCAACAACCCCGGCAGCGGCCUCAUGCCAGCAGGCCCCCAUGCAUGCAGCCCCUGCAGCUGCAGAGCAGGGCCCUGUCGCAGCCCCGCUGCCCCCACACCACCCUCAACCGCAGCCACAGCCCCACCAGCAGUCUGCGGAUCCGUUUGGAGGCGGUUUCGACUUUGUAGGGACUGCUGAUGCAGCAGCAGCGGGUGUAGACUGUUUCGACGGUUUCGGGGCGGGAUUCGACGAAGGCGCCAUGGACGCUACAGGGGCCGCUACUGCUGCUGCUGCUGGGGCCCCCGCGGCGGUGGCGGAUGACAUGGACUUCAGUGACCUGGGUGCGGCGUUGGAGGAGUGCGCCGCCCGGCAGGUGGAGCAGCUGCGGCAGGGUGGGCAGGCAGGGAAGGGGCAGGGGCAGGGAGGGCGCCGAGGCGGCAGCAUGCAGCAAGGGCAGCAGAGGGACCAGCAGGCGGCGGAUCAGGAGGCCUCGCAGCAGGACGCAGUGAUGGUGGGUGCUGCGGUGCCCAGCGUGCAGCUGCCCAUGGCCGGGCCGCCCUUGCCGGAGUUUCACAUCAUUGGGGUGGAGGAGCCGGCAGGCCCCCACUCCUCAGCGCGGCGCCGCGAGCAGGAGCACGUGCAGCGGCUGCUGUCCGAGUACGAGCGGCAGGAGCAGCAGGCGGGCGGGGCAUCAGCCCGGGGCGGUGCCGCCGUACACGACUCCCCCUCCUCCUGCAGCGCCGCUGCCGCUGCCAGCAGCAACAACACGGCCCGCAGAAGAAACCCUCAGCAUGCCCCGUCCGCGCAGCAGCAGCAGCAGCAGCAGCGGCCUGGCGGCAGCGGCGGCUCUGAUGGCCACAUGUCGGAGGAGGAGGAAGGAGCGGAGGGCGAUGAUGCCGGGAUGUCAGCGGGUGGUGAUGACGCGGGCAGCGAGCCGGGCUCCUGGGCGGGUGAGGAGUACGAGGAGGACCAUGUGCGCGGGGUGCAUGGGGCGUACCUCAAGUACGCAGCACGGCUGGCCAGGCAACCCGACCAGUGCGCCAGGUACGGUCGCGGUUGUGAGCCGCUGUGGCCACUGAAGGACGGGCCCCAGCCGCCUCCCUGCUCCCACUGCGGCGCCCCCCGCGUGUUCGAGCUUCAGCUGGUCGCCCCGCUGAUUGCGUUGGUGCUAGACUGCGCCGGGUGGCUGGAGGGAGCGGAUCUGGUACGACACACACCCGCCAUCAACGCAGCGGCGAACUGGGACUUUGCGACGGUCGCGGUGUUCACAUGCGGCGCCAACUGCUGUGGAUUUGGUUCGCAGGGCGGGGCGGGGCACCGGGACGGUUGUGGGUUGUCGGAGAUGGCGGUGAUGGAGGAGGCGGUGGUGCUGCUGAGUGAGGAGGCGUGCCACGUACCUGAGGAGCUGAAGCUGCCCAAGUAGCCUAGCUGGGAGGCUGCUGGGGGCGGGAAGGGGCAUGGUGGCUUGAGGUUUGUCGACAUGGUAGUAAGAGGGGUGUGACAAUGCUGCUUGGGUUGCCAGGUACUACGGACUACCCCUGCUGGCCCACGCAGCCGAGGUUAUGCAUAGGGACAGCGCUCCAAGCCAACGUAUGACUUGCCGCGUGCCUUGUGCUUGCCCCCAAUGGCCAUACUUUGAUACCUUGCUAGCUACAUCACUAGGCAGCUGAUGAAGCUGCCAUGCACCCACUGUUCAUAGCAACAGCCAGAGCAGGCAGUUGGUGUACAGUUACAACGCACGCUUCUUAACCGUCACACCAACCAAUAGGCAAGUGCAUCGCCAACACACCGUAGUACAUAAACACGCGCCAGGGACGUCCGGUACGACGUAUAGCGGUGCAAGCACGCCAGAGG